AUGCUGGCGCAAGCCAGGGCGAUGUGUGGCAGUGGCGUAGGGGUGCCAGAAGCGCACGCCUCGCACUCCUGCACGCCGUGCUGCACGAGGCAGCUGCCGGCGGGGGCGUCGGGCCUCGGCGGCGGAAGGCCUGCGGCAGAGCCGGGCCCUCGCAGCGGAGAGGGCCCCUGCGGCAUGCUCUGGCGGUGCCUGCCGCAUGGUGGAGCGCGGGCCUGCCGACGGAGCACGCGGGCCACAUGCCCUCGAGGACCACACGCCGGCCACGGAGGGCGGGGAGUGUGCCGCCGGUGCUGCCGAGCUGCGGCCGCCCUGGACGGUGGCUCCAGCACGUCUCCGAGCACCGAUGCGCGCUACAGGCAAGCAGACUCGUGA